UUUACGUAAAUGCAUCCGGGUAACUCGGUACUACAAUGGCGACAAUGAAUCAGGCUUUUGGUAGUACUGAAUCUACAACAUCGUAUUCGCAGCAACCAACUGAUCGUUUGAAGUUGUUGUACCCCACAGUGAAUGAAGAAGAAACUCCUCUUCCACGUUCUUGGAGCCCAAAGGACAAAUUCACCUACAUAGGCUUGUCACAAAACAAUCUUCGAGUACACUAUAAAGGUGUUGGCAAGAACCACAAAGACGCUGCUAGCGUUCGUGCCACACACCCAAUUCCUGCAGCAUGUGGCCUAUAUUACUUUGAAGUGAAGAUCGUCAGUAAGGGCAGGGAUGGCUACAUGGGUGUGGGCCUGUCUGCUCAGGGUGUCAACAUGAACAGACUUCCCGGUUGGGACAAACAUUCAUAUGGGUACCAUGGUGAUGAUGGCCAUAGUUUUUGCUCUAGUGGUACUGGCCAGCCUUACGGCCCAACGUUCACAACUGGCGAUGUGAUUGGUUGUGGUGUCAACCUUAUUGACAACUUGUGCUUCUACACAAAGAAUGGCCAUAACCUUGGGGUUGCCUUUACAGACUUACCGCCCAAUUUGUACCCUACAGUGGGUCUGCAAACACCAGGUGAGGUGGUGGAUGCAAAUUUUGGACAGUCUCCCUUUGUCUUUGACAUUGAAGACAUGAUGAAGGAGCUGAUGAUGCGGACAAGGACUACAAUAGAGAGGUUUCCAGUCAAUGACAAGCAAGGUGAAUGGCAGACUACAUUACACAGAGUUGUACAGACUUACCUGAUUCACCAUGGUUAUUGUGCCACAGCGGAAGCCUUUGCACGAAGUACUGGCCAGUCGUUUGACGAAGACCUUUCUUCCAUUAAAAAUAGGCAAAGAAUCCAGAAAUUGGUGCUGGCAGGUCGUGUUGGAGAGGCCAUUGAGACAACACAGAGGCUUUAUCCUGGUCUGCUAGAAAAUAAUCUCAACCUGCUGUUUCUGCUGCGCUGCCGUCAAUUUGUUGAAAUGGUUAAUGGUACAGACAGUGAAGUGCGACCGGCUAGGCGCUCGCCUGGCUCCAGCCCACGGUUACUGCUACUGAGUUCAUCACCAAAGUCAACAGGAAGUGAUGUGGCCUCCAAUGGAGUGCCAGCCUCGGACAGCAGUACGGCAAAUGGGGACACAGCACUGAAUGGGGACCACAAUGAUGAUGACUGUGGAACAGACAUGGUCGUGGAAGGCAGUGAGGGACGGACAAUGGUGGCCAAUGGGCUAGACCCUGACAGUCGGCAGCACAAUGGUCACUUUCAUCGGCUAGACCUUGGGGAUACAGAUAUGGAGGUUGACCCACCUAAGCGGCAGCUCUGUGGAGGUAAUCAAGCAGCUAUGGAGCGUAUGCUGCAGUUUGGCCGUGAGCUUCAUCUGAUGAGCGUUCAGCUCAAGCACCAGUAUGGAACAAACAAAGCCAACCGAAAGAUGAUCCAGGAUGCCUACAGUUUGCUAGCCUAUGCAGAUCCCUGGAGCAGUCCCGUUGGAUACCAGCUUGACCCUGUUGAAAGGGAACCUGUUUGUGCGGCGCUGAACAGUGCGAUUUUAGAAUCUCAGAAGUUGCCCCGUCGCCCACCACUGGAGCUUGUAAUUGCUCACUCCCGAGAACUACUCAAGCUGAUGUCCAAGGCAGGCCUGGGAUCAUGCGCCUUUGCCAACAUUGACUCACUCUUGCAGUGAUUGUGACACUUUCUCUGCCAUGUAAUUAUCGCUGGAUGCCACUUUUUUUUACAAGCCAAUCUGCUGGCUACCUGUGCAGAGCCCUCCCUGUCUUCAAGAAAAAAGAAAAUAUGAAGCCCCAUCCACCUGCAGAAAAGUGCUUUAGGCAUGGCCAAGACGGAGGACUUUUUCAAGCAGUUCAGGCUUCAAGUGAUUCAGGUCCUACAUGAAUGGUGUCACAUAAUUGUUUGGAAAUUUGAAAAAUUUAUUUGCUCAGACCACCAUUUGUUUUAACAUUGCUCUAAUGGAGGAAUGAUGUCAUGGAGUUUAUUUUUCAAUUUUCAUGUUUGACAGCAGUACCUGCCUUGUUUGAAAGAGGAAAUGGCUUGAUGUAGUGGCUGUGGGGAUUUAUGACCUUUGUUACAUUAUUUUUAUGCUUUGUGGGAAGGCGUUGUUGUUAUACAUGGUGCAAAACAAAAUGAACCGUCAAAGGCUGCUGUCAUGCAUGAUGCAAUUGUGAAGGAAUAAAAAUCAAGGAAAGUGUUUCCGAAAUUCCAGGUAAUUUUGCGACAGCCAGUAUUGUGUACACAUUACAUACAGAUUAAUACAUUAGUGUGGGUUUUCUCACUAUGUGCUACUGUAGUUAACUUUUGGUGUGGUUGAAUAAACAAGUUUAUGCACAGUGGGGUCUGCUGUGUGCCAAAUACUGGUACCAGACCAGUUGUCCUGACAGCAAGCUGCAAGCAGCUAAUGUUUGCUUUGGUAAAGCAUGAUGCAAAUGGCUGUUAUAAGAAGCUUGGAAAGGCAAAACAAUGCUAGUUUGCCCUGUGGUAACUCACCUGACUCACUUUGUGAUUUUUUUUUUGUAAGCUCUCUCUCCUUAAAGUGCUAAAGUUAUAACUGGUUGUUUUGGCAUCACAGUAGGCAUGUGUUAAUUGCUAUUUGGUGGGCAUAGUGCGUCAGAUUGAAGUUUGCCGAGUGAAUGUUUGUAGAUGAGCUCCUAUAGAGUCAUGUGAUCACAUCAUUCAUCAAGAAUUGUGCAGAAAGACCUCUUGGUAUUUUGUAUGCAAUGCAUAUGUGAAUGCCAUUCUUUUAUUACACAGUGGCAUUUAUAAGGUAUAUUUUAUCCUGUCCAUGUCCAAAAGCAUUCAAUUCCAAAGACGCGCCAGACUAGUGCAUAGCACAGAAUCGUGAAACUACAAUUUUGCAAUCAGCAAAUACCUUUUAAAAAUGCCACUUUUGUUGCUUAGUAGUGUGCCUGUGUUGUGUUGUUUUUCAGGCCAUGAAGGGACUUGCAUAUUUGUCCAAGCAACCUUGGAGAGUUCUCAUAUUUCCCUAACUUGUUUUUUUGUGAAAUAUGAUAUGGGGAUUGUAUUUUUGGAUUAUAGUUUGUUUAUUCAGUAAUAUGUUGUUUGUGCUGGCUGUGUUCAUCCAUAAUCUGUGGACAUCUGCUGUCAUGUUGAAACUUGGCCACAAAAAAGCCAGACUCUGCCAGCUGAAUGGACAGGCAUUGCCAGUUGCAGCUAAAUAACUGAAAAAUGCACAAUGGAGGGCAUGGGCAAAGUUGCCUUGUUCACUUGUCAAGGCUGGCUUUUUUAUGCCAAUUUUCACAGGAAAUGGCGGUUUUUCAUUGACUUUGCAAACAAGGUAAAUGUCAGAAUGAUGUGUUGUAAAAUAAAAUAACCUAAAGAUACAACCUCACUGCAUGAAUUAAAUUAUAGUGAGCCAGGGGUAUAUGCAGAAUAGUUUUCCAGAAGUGUGAGACAAAAUGUGCUGGUUCGUGCAUAUUUUUACGAAAUUUGUUGCUCAUUUGCUGCUUUUCAUGGAGUGCUAGAAGCUUUGUCCUGUUAGCGAUGUUGGCUGAGAGGUGUAAUAAUGCAGUUUGCUGUUCAUGUUCCCCAAGGUUUUUAUUUGCCUUGAAGGACGUGGUUAUAACCUAGGAGAAAUAAUUGUUUUUGGUUGUGCUUUGUUUUUAAGUUUAGAAUGUCAGCAUGCCUUUAUGCUUCAAAAUGUCUGUAUUUACAAACUUAACAAGAAGUGUGGCCCUUACUUUGCAGUUUUAUUCUGUCCUUUUACUCUCACCAGUGCACUGUUAUUUGACUAAGAUGGUACACGAAGAAAUUCUGUUGCAUGCUUAAAAUUUCAUGUCAUUUCCUGUAGCUCAUGUGAAGUUAUCAACAGUCUGUUGCUUUGCUCCUUCACUAGUCACGAAUUGCAACCUUUCUGUUUGCUCAUUGCUUUGUUGCAGCUAAGCAGACCUGAAAUAUGCUGCAGCAGUGGUGUCUAACUAUAUGAAAAAGAAAACAUUUUAUUCCCUUUGUGUCAUGUUAUCUAAGAUGUACAUUUCUUUCGAACAUCAAACUGCAUGCCGUGUCUUUAAGGUCAAAUUUGGACUACAGAUUGGAACAGGCAACCAACUUCUCAGGCGAGCCCCUCUUUCCGGUGUAGAGCAACUUACAAAUCAAUGAUUGGAACACAUGAUAAACUGGUUUCAUAGUUACCCAGGGUCUUAUACUUCUAAUCCACCCAGUUCAUUUUAGUAGAGCUACUUUGCGGAGUAAUGACAGCUCAACACAUGUUGAUCUCCCAUUGCAACACGCAGCCUGUUCUCCCUUUCUGCCAUUCAAAAAGUCUUUCUGUAGAAAGAACAGAAAAUAAAACUGAAAAUGGUUCAGAUCUGCCAUUGGAAUUUGCCAUAAGGAAAACUAGUCUCUAAGGGCAAUGCUUGAGCAUGCAGCGUCAUACACGCCACUGUUUUCGAAGUCAUUCUAUACUUUUGGUCAGAUGCUUGAAGAAUGUGAGGUUCAGAUUUAACUGGAAAUGCUUUCAUUACCUGCUUAAAUUCUUCUGUUUUUCAAAGCACUUUGACAUUAAAAAACUGGCAUAUUCUAGGUGUAUCCCUGAUCUAUGUUUUGACAUGACUAGUAACGAGUCUGUCUGUUAACUCUUUUAUAAACAAGCAUACAAAAGCAAAGCACAAAUGCACAUCACCUGAGAAUGGAAAGGGAGUGGCUCGCAUGGAAACUGGUUGAUGAUGCAAGCCUAGAUUUCUUUUUUAUUGGUUUGCAAGGCUUCAAACGCUUCUUUCACAAUUUCUUUGACACAGUAAAACAGUUCAUUUUCAUAUGGUUAGGCAUUGCCAAUCAGUCGGUCUCUCAGUUGCAAAAAGGUAAUAGGCAUGUGGCACUGCUAAGCAAGCAAGCAGGUCGGUGGCAAUCUGUCACGUGUAAGAACUUUUUUGCGCCUCCUUGUGGAAUCUGCAGAACAGGACAGGCAGUAGCUUAAUUCGCGAAAUUUGUAUAGUUGCAUCUUGGCAGUUACUGCAACAGAACAUAUGCUUGUCCAGAACAACACUCUGGUUGGAAUUGCUGCAUUUUCAUUUGUUUGCUCCUGCUCAUAAUGCUUGCGCACAUAGUACAGUGCUUUUAAAUUACCAUCUAUAUUUUUGGAGGCUUCAUUUCAUAUAGGUGACUAUAAUUAAGCCAACAAAUAUAAUUCUUGUUCGCGUUCCAUAAUACCACAGAUGUUGCAGCCAAGGAGUCCAAUCACAGUUUGACAACUCGGUCGCAAUACAUCACGUGGGAUGAGUUCGAGUCAACGCCUUGGAAUUGAAGCACAAUAUUGCAGCAUCAAUUAUUGAAGAGAUACGCACAAAAUACUUUUCCAGGUGUCUUUGGCACAUGCUUGUUAUUGUCUGUAUUCAAAUCAUUACGAUGCACUAACAGUUAUUAGAUUAAGACAGUGCAUGACCUGCACUUGUAUUAGGCCAACAUUGUCACGUGGCGUUGUAACACAAUAUUGUUUAUUUGCACCAAUGGACAGAUCUCACCUGUGAACUGUGUGCACUAGCAAUGGCAGGAGCAAAGAAAAGGCAUUGGGAAAGAGUCUGGUUAGUAACCUGUAUUUUUUUGUUUCUGACACUGACGCUGAACUGAUAAGUGUGCAUUGGUUGAGAUAAGUCCUUCGUGGCGUGUUGCACGUAGCUAGUGUCACGGGGGAAGUAAUAAAGUUUUAAUCUGUGCAGGACUGCUUUCCUGCACUUUACUGCUUAA